AAGUGUUUUUUCAACUCUUGUCUUCCUUCACAACACCGGCUGUGCUCUCUUGCACAGUUAAAAAUCAUAGCACCAUUAGGAAUAAGGUCAAUUAAAAUCGAAUAUUCUAGAUGUUUCUAUGUUAUAUGUGUUGGUCGAUAUCGAUGUUGACAAAGUUUACACAAUUAUAUAUCACCGCAGCUGCGAGGUUUCGAUCCUUUCCUUUUGCCGCGUUCAAUUUCUGCAACUACCUGGCUUCCAGCAAAACCUGCUACCUCAGGCACUGGUUGCAGCGGAUGCUUCGGCAAUGGCCGAUAGCCCUGUGACGAUGACGACGAUCAAACCAGCCCCUGGCAAAGACAUGAAGAAACCGCAAAUGGAUUCACCCGAAGACGACGCCGCCAAUCCGACCCUUAAACUGGUGACCCGAGUUCUGGACACCCUGAGAACGCCGGCUGUGGCGGCCAUCGGGCAAAGAUUGGCGGCACCGGUUGCAUCCGCCCUGCUCGCACCCCAACGGCGAGCACUCCCCGGUUGUCCACUGUGCGACGCAUCGGUGUACAGCUACUGCGACUACAAAGUGUUCCACGAUGGUUGCUGUUGUGGAACCAACAGCUUCGGGGGAGGCUUUGGUGGAGGUUUUGGAGUUAAUGGAAUCGGUUAUGGGAGCUGUGGCCAGCAGGAAGACUGCAGCAUCUUGUACGCCAACUCUUGCUACGAACAUCAACUGAUUGUGAACUGUUGCUGCAAUUCACCGUACUAAGAAGAUUUCUUUCACUGAAAGCAUCGAACAUAACUUAUUUUAGGAAUUAAGAUUUAUUUAUUGCGAAAGCAUUCUGACUCACUUUCGAACGCUAUGAAUACAGAGUUGGUUUUAAACUUAGCUAAAAAAUAUUCCAUCUUGCAUCAGUCACGCAGCCAUAGUAGUAUUCUCUUCUCAUCAUCCGCCAAACAAUGCGGUUGGUCUUUCCAAAUUCACCACAACCAUACCCCGAUCGCUCCGAUCGCAGUAAAAUCGUGCCACAAUCCCAGUUCACAUCGCAGCGAAAAUAUGACUCAUUCCGGUCCAUCCAUGAACGGAUAACAAUCCAAUUCGAUCAAUUUGUUUUCGAUAUUUAGGUAAUGUAAGAGCUUAAAUUUUAAGAAGUAUAUUGAUUCUAGUAAUGGCUUGACCAUAUCUAUUGAUUCAUAGACGUACUAAAAUAGUAGAUGGGCGAACUGCUUAGAAGAACGUACAAUUCGUAGGAUGGAUAAAGUGAUUAGAGAGAUUAUAUUUUCAUUCCACUUAAUCAAGCUAGUAGCUACUGUCUUUGAUCAGUUCUAGUAAACUCUUAAAGAAUGACGUACGAUACAAAAGUUAGUCUUGAAAACGUUUCCAAACACUUGUUUAUUAGCUGUCUCAAACUAUAAAUAGGUAAAUUUUAGAUCUGCAUUUAUCAGCAAUGCAUUCCUUUUCUUAAUUAUGGCUUUUCGAUUGUAUCAUUA